CGGAACAUGUGUUUGACCUCCUUACCCAGGAUGCACUUGGCUCUUGCCAUCUUGUCUAGUAGGAGAGCGGCAGGCAGACAGACAGGCAGCUAGCUAGCUAGCUAGCUCCCUAGCUAGCAACCAGAAGCUUCCCAGUGGCUAUCUGUCAGCUCGCAGCCACAAGUCACUUGUCCACACGACGGAAGACUUCUGCCGCCAUUACCCCCGCCUUUCCGCCCCCUGGAUUAUACUUUCCACUCAAACGUCCAAGAAGAAUGUUUUCAAUAUGAGUCCACACCUGUUGGUGUUAGGACUGGCGUAACUAGCUUAGUGGAGCUAACUCGGCUAGUCGGCAUAUACAUAGCAAGGAAAUAGAGAGAAGCGGGCCUGUCUUAUAUUGUAAAGUGUCGGGGACAGACGGCCGGGAGAAGAAGCUGCUUUUCGGUCACUUUCUGGGACACGAGGACGGCUGUCCGAGGCACGGAACCCACCGGGGAGCGGUGCGGUGACCGGACACCACGCAGGAGUUUGUGGAGAGCCUUUGGACUGUGCUUGGGACUUUUUUUCCGGCUGGACUGAGCGGGACACAAUCAGUUUGGAACGGUUCUGUGUUGGUACGUGUCUGUGUCUUAUUACUCGGUUGUGAAUCUGUCACAAACUCGUAAUUUUCAUCUGGGGAGUCACUGACAAGGCACCGGACGCCAACAUGUCGAAAAUGCCAGCGAAAAAGAAGAGUUGCUUCCAGAUUACUAGCGUCACUCAGGCUCAGGUGGCGGCCAGCAACAUCACGGACGACACCGAGAGCCUGGACGACCCGGACGAGUCCCGAACCGAGGACGUGUCUUCGGAAAUCUUCGACGUGUCACGAACCGACCUCGGCGUAUGCGAUAGGAGUUCAUCCGAGGAAACCUUAAACAACGUGGGGGAGAGCCACGAGGUCCCUUUGACAGCUCCUGUCAACGGGGGUCACCCUUACAAUAAGACUGGUCCUCAAUUGGAAGCAAGUGUGCCUGUGCCAGGUACGGCUCAGCCUGCUCUUCCCGUCCCUGCUGCCACAGUAGCCCCAGCGGGUACCUGCAGUUCCCGCUUCAGAGUCAUUAAACUAGACCAUGGUACCGGUGAGCCCUUCAGACGGGGCAGAUGGACUUGCACGGAGUUCCACGACAGAGACUCUGAUUCAAACGCUAAUCGGACUGCGGAUAGCAUUAAACCGGCCGUAACGCUUGAUUACAGCACGGACAGGGACAGCGGGCUGGGAACCAUCAGUAACACCGUGGUCUCGACCAGCGUCGCCUCCUCACAAGUUUUGGACAACGCUGCAGACUCGCAUCUGGUCCAUUCCGGUGAGACUGUGCAGCAAGGCUACAGCUUGGGUCCCCAGAUCGGGGGCGGCGCAAGUGCCUUCCAACCCACAGGGUAUUCAGCCACAUCUUCAAAGCAAACGCAACACGCUCAGGUCAAUAUGCAACCUGCUGCUCCCCAAACCUUUCUCUCCAAUCACCUCAACGGCGUGCACCAAGGUGCCGUGCCGCCCCCCGUCGUGCCCCCGGCCACACAAGUCCAGCAGUUUGCGUAUUCAAACCACCAUCAACAGCACUUUGGUUCCAGCACUCUUCUCUUAAAUCUUCCCUCGUCUAGCCAGGGGCCCUCGCCUUCCGGUUCAACAGCCCAUGGGCUUGGGGGCGAGGCACCCUCAUCCCAGGGCGUCUUGCUACACAUGGCUUCAGGAAGCGGUCAGCAGCAGCCGGGAGGUUUAAACGUUGACAUGACGUCCUCGGUCACCAGCAGCCACAGCGUUGUCCAGAAUGUGCCCGUUACAGUGCCCAGCACCGCCAGUACCCCCCCGGCUGGGCCAAGCACCAGAGGAAUUGUUCUGUCCCUUGGAGUCCAGGGGCUCACCGCCACAGGCCUUCAAUCCGGACUCGGCAACCACGCAGAAGAUACGCAGCCCAAAUCUGAAGCGCUACCUCAGACCAGUGCCGGUGUGGUGCCAGGGAAAGAUGGCGUGAGGCCUUUCAUCAAGGAGGGUCUCGGCCUGCCCAGUCCUGCUGUCAAGAGCCUCUUUGGCAUCCAUAUAGCCAUGGACGGGGACGAGGACAGUGCGUCCGGUGCCAGCGUGGUGGCCAUCGAUAACAAGAUCGAGCAGGCCAUGGACCUGGUGAAGAGCCACCUGAUGUACGCCGUCCGCGAGGAGGUGGAGGUGCUGAAGGAGCAGAUCAAGGAGCUUUACGAGAGGAACUCCAUGUUGGAGCGCGAGAACGCCGUGCUCAAGUCGCUGGCCAACUCGGAGCAGCUCACCCACCUCACCAGCCAGCUCAGCCGGGGCGGCAGCGGUGGGAGCAGCAGCAGCGCGUCGCCACCCCCGCCGGCGCCACCGCAGCACUCGGCCGUAACAAACAGCGGCGCCCCCUCGGUGCACCACGAGGGGAGCCAGAUCGCCCACCAUCAGCCCAACAUCACCUCGGCAUGAUCCCUAACCCCCCCCUCACAGACACACACACCCACCCGUCCACUGUCAACAACAACGCUCCCUGUUCAACGGGCUCCAUCUAAGGGAGAAUAGAGAAUAGACGCCGGCCCCACACGGUGUCUUAUUCCGGCUGGAGUGGCUAGGCGGGGUGUCACCCGGCGUCCGGGAAGAGAGAGAGCGGUGUUUGUCGGCGUCAUGGAAGGGAGGUGAUAUGCUGCAACAAGAAGUUUUGUUGUACUUUUCCCCCCCAUCAUACUUUCACCCUUCCUUACUUUUGAUGACUAUUUAGCAUUUAUUUAUUUCAGGGCUGCUAUUUUGUUUUCAUAACGUCACGAACAAAACGUCUCUUUAUUCUUAUUCUUUGGACCCUGUGGCCUCUGGCAGCCCAGCAAGUACCAGGAGCAGUACUACAGCCCGCUGGAGUUGAAUGUAUAUGUAGUCACGUAUUCCCAGUACAGAAGGUAUGUACAGUACAGGCUUGUCUUUGUCUCUGGGGGCGGGUGGGGGGAGGAAAAAAGCUGUGAAACAUGGUUGGACCUAUUCUAGAACCAAAGACGUAAAGCUGUGGAAGGCUCCUUUCCUUUUCCUUCCCUUCCUUUCCUUGCAUGACGUGCAUGCCCUACAAUCCCAUCCGUGCUUUCCAUUGGGCGAGGGAGGCGGGAAUGGGAAAGGAACAGGAAGUUGGAAAAGGAGCCGUUUUUUUUGUGUGUGUUUUGGUAUACAAAGAAAGUUACACAUUGUAGCGUUCCGAUACGUCCUUACAAAAUAAAAGCACCCUAUACGUUA